GGCGACAGACAACAAAACCAUCAAAAAAGCCUCGCUAGGCUGUGCUAGUAAACUCAGCACCAGCAAGGCAGCAACCCUAUGCGCAUAGUCCAUGGAAAACACGUCGUGUCAGCAUUGAUGUCUUCAGCGCUCGAUCGAUCUGCUGCUUUUACCACUCAUCAAUUUCGGCUGGCGCGCAAGCUAGAAAACGCCCAAAUAAUCGAUGUCUCCGCGUGCGCCGAAGCAUGUCAGUAGCAAGGUGAGCCCAUCUAGGAACCGGCACCGGCGACCCUAGUAACACCCGUAAACCGAAACGGCAAGUCACGGGUACAAAAACCUCCUGAGGAAACAGAGCACGAACGCAUGCGCCAUUGCCAGCAUCUGCACGCACAGCACCGCGCCACUGUGCCGAGCUCCAGCUGAACGAUGGCCGCGCCCAAGGCCAAGCUCGCGGCCGCGCUCUGCCUCCUCCUCCUCGCUGUGUCUCUGCCAGCUCUCGUCGCCGCGGAUUGCGAAUGCUCGGACGACGCCGCGGGCCGGGACAAGGCGGGGGUGCUGCGGCUGAAGAUCAUCGCGAUCUUCUGCAUCCUCGCGGGGGGCGCGGCCGGCGCGGCGGUGCCCUCCCUGGGCCACAGGUUCCCCGCGCUGCGGCCGGACACGGACCUGUUCCUCGCCGUCAAGGCCUUCGCCGGCGGCGUCAUCCUCGCAACGGGGCUGGUGCACAUCCUGCCCGCGGCCUUCGACGCGCUGGGCUCGCCGUGCCUCGUGCGCGGGCCAUGGCAGAAGUUCCCGUUCGCCGGGAUGAUCGCCAUGCUCGCCGCGAUCGCCACCCUCAUGGUGGACACCGUCGCCACGGGGUACUUCCGCCGGACGAUCGCCAGAAAGGCCGCGGCCGUCGUCGACGAGACGCCGGAGCCCGGACAUUGCGAAGGAGACUUGGAGGCCUCCGACGCGCACGACGGGCACGCGCACGGGAUGUUCGUGCUGGCCCCCGCACCGACCGCCGGCGACGAUCUCGUGCGCCACCGCGUCAUCUCUCAGGUGCUGGAGCUGGGGGUGGUGGUGCACUCGCUGAUCAUCGGGAUGUCGCUGGGCGCCUCGGAUUUCCCGAGCACGGUGCGGCCGCUCGUCCCGGCGUUGACGUUCCACCAGCUCUUCGAGGGCAUCGGCCUCGGCGGGUGCAUUGUCCAGGCCAAGUUUCGCCUCAAGUCUGUGGUGGCGAUGGCGCUCUUCUUCUCCCUCACGACCCCGGUUGGCAUCGCCAUCGGCAUCGCGAUAUCCUCUGUGUACGACGAGACGAGCCCGACGGCGCUGGUCGUUCAGGGAUUCCUCGAGGCCGCGGCGGCCGGGAUCCUGGUCUACAUGGCGCUCGUCGACAUCCUCGCCGAGGACUUCAUGAGCGCCAGGGUGCAGAGCAGGGCGCGCCUGCAGCUCGCGCUGAACGCCUCGCUCCUGCUCGGGGCUGGCAUGAUGUCCAUGCUCGCCAUCUGGGCAUGACUGUGCCGCACGCUCAUGGAGUGUAAGGAGUAAAAAUUACCAGCCGUAUUGUUUGGCUGAAGUUGGAAGGAUGCAAAGAAAAGUUCGACGACCAGGGGUGCAUCGAAGUGUAGAAAAUAGGGACAAAAUGGUAGUGCCAUUCGCUGUUGGUUUGGUACGCAACUCUCGUUUGCGAAUGUGACUUCACCCUGUAGAUCCCAAUUCCCAAUUGUUCAUACCGAAGUAUAAUAUAAUUCUGAUUGUGCAGU